CCCUCCGGCCGCCAGGGGCGCUGUGCGUUGGCGCAACGAGAGUGGCGGCGCGGGGCCAGAGCGGCGCGGCGGCCCAAGAUGGCGCAGGCCGUGAAUGUGGCGGAGCUGUCGUUGCCGCAGCUGGAGGUGCUCAAGAGCCAGCUCGACCAGGAGGUGGAAUUCCUCUCGUCCUCCAUCACCCAGCUCAAGGUGGUGCAGACCAAGUAUGUGGAAGCCAAGGACUGCCUCAACGUGCUCAACAAAAGCAACGAAGGGAAGGACCUGCUGGUGCCACUCACCAGCUCUAUGUACGUCCCUGGGAAGCUCUCAGAUGUCGAGCGUGUGCUGAUUGACGUUGGAACUGGCUACUAUGUGGAAAAGACUGCAGACGAUGCCCGAGAGUUUUUCAAGCGGAAGAUCGACUUCCUGACCAAGCAGAUGGAGAAGAUCCAGCCUGCGCUGCAGGAGAAGCACGCCAUGAAGCAGGCUGUGGUGGAGAUGAUGAGCCAGAAGAUCCAGCAGCUGACGGCUCUAGGGGCAGCGCAGGGGGCCACCACCAAGGCGUAACCUUCAGCCUCAGCACCUGCCUUCCUCUGCAUCAUGCCAGGGAGUGGACCGCAGAGCACUGCAGGGACGCAGAGCAUUCUGUCUCUGUGCUGUCCCCACGCUCCUCACUCAGUCACUCUGAGCCGAAGCCGUGUGGCACCGUGAUGCAAAACACGAGCCAAACCUUCCCCUUGUUGUAAAGCAGAGUGCCAGCACACAGAAUAAACAAGAUGUGGGAAUGGCCCGCUGCCCUA